AAGGACCUGAACCGAACUUGAGGACACAGACUUUCAGGACCCAGAACUAUGUCAUCCAGACAUCCUGCAAAGCCAAAAGGAUCUGCUGAGAUGCCCAACCUGGUAAAGGGCAUCAUUGAGCUUCUAUGCCUCAUAUGCAAGGAGAAGAAGAUGAAGGCGGCCAUCAAGCACUCUGCAAUUGGUGCUGUGGUUGUGGGGGCAAUAGCUUUCUUUGGAGGUUUGGUUCUUGGCUCAGGAGGAAUAGCUGUUGGGGGGACCGUUGGGGGCCUGCUAGGUGCCUGGAUGACAAGUGGACAGUUUAAGUCCAUUCCCCAGAUCUUAAUGGAGCAGCCCUCAGAUGAAAAGCACUCAAGCUGGAAAGAUGUGCUGCUGAGUCUUUUGGUCAAGAGCAAACUGGAUAAGUCUCCGCCUGAGGAUGUGAAAAAAGGAGGGCUGUUGCAGACAAUGGGUUCUAUCAUCAAGUUCUUGGUUUUGUUUGUUUUUUUUGUUGUGUUUUUUGUUUUUAGUUUGUUUGUUUUGAGACAGGGCCUCUCUCUGUCUUCUCUCUCUGCUUCUUUUUUUCAGCAAGGAAAGAGAAGUUAUCAGAAGUGAA